AUGCUCCCCCGGAGCACAUUAAAGUGACUCAGUUUACUUUCUGCGAACAGUAAAGGAAACCCUUGUUGUUGUCUGUUUACUUAAGUAUUGUGUUUUGUCGAAAGAAAUGGAUGACCAAGGGUGUCCAAGAUGCAAGACAACAAAAUACAGAAACCCGUCCCUGAAACUGAUGGUGAACGUUUGUGGACACACAUUAUGUGAGAGCUGCGUAGACAUGCUGUUUGUGCGCGGCUCGGGGAACUGUGUGCAGUGCGACACGCCCCUGAGGAAGGGAAAUUUCCGGGUUCAGCUCUUUGAGGACCCUGCGGUGGACAAGGAGGUGGAGAUACGCAAGAAGGUCCUCAAGAUUUACAACAAGAGAGAAUUUGACUUCCCCAGCCUAAAAGACUACAAUGACUACCUGGAGCAGGUGGAGGAGAUAGUCUAUAACUGGACCAACAACAUAGAUGUUGAGGGCACCAAACAGGUUAUGGAGCACUACCAGCGAGAGAACAGGGACAUCAUUCAGAGGAACAAAGCCAAGCUGACCCGGGAGCAGGAGGAGCUGGAGGAGAUGCUGCUCCUGGAGAAGCAGGAGGGGGAGCAGAGGCGUCUGGAUCUCCUGCAGGAUGAGCAGAGACAGCUGCAGGCCAAGAGGAAGAACAAGCAGGCUCUCCUGGACGAGCUGGAGCGUUCCCACGUACCCGCUGCCAUCCUGCUUGCCCAGCACAAGGACCGGGCCGUCCAGCUGGAGAGCCAGAUCGAGAAGCAGAAACAGGUGGUCAAGUCCACCAUCUUCUCCACCGGCAUCCCCAUGGUUGGUUUGGAUGCCUCACUGCCUCCCUGCCUCACCCUAAAACCAGGUGGACUCACGGAAACCUCAGAGCCACUCCAUGCUUAAGUGGAUGAUUUUUUUAAAAGUGAAAUGUGACAGGAAAGGCAGGGAGAGACAGUGGGGGGGGGGGGGGGGGGGGAUUCAAACCCAGGCCUCUGCGGUGAAUCCUCAGCCUGCCUUGUAUGUCCACUUAUCAGGGGACGCAUCUCAAAUAUAGAUUUAUACUGGAAAUAAGUCCAACUAGAUUCCAAAUGUAAAAAGCAAGUCAAGUCUUUUAUUUGUCAGGUACACAGAACAACACAAGGUCAAACUGGGCCCUGAAAUUCUUAAGACAAGACAACGCAAGCACCUGGCAUAACAUAACGUACACAGAACAUAAGCAGAUCAUCGUGCUGGGAUAUGCUGGGAUGUGCUGGGAUGAUGUCGGGAUGUGCCGGGAUGUGCUGUGAUGUGCCGGGAUGUGCCGGGA